AUGAACUUGUUUGAAAGCCAACCUUCAACACCAGUGUCCAUUGAUUCUCUUGGUCUAGACAUUGCUUACUUUAAUGGUGACAAUGCUUUACUCAAUGGUCUCACACAACAACAACAACAACAACAACAACAACCAAUCAAUGGAUCACAACAGGUUGCUUAUUUCAAUUUAUCAAGCAGUUCAUACUUCUCAACUACUUCGGAAUGGGACUCAACCUUUAUCAACACUGGCAAUCUUGUCAAUGAUGUUAAUGAUGGCUUCCUCGUUGUUGAUCAGCAAUCUGCAGAUCAUAUACACUCCGGUCUUCAACAUCAAUAUCAACAACAACAGCAACAUGAACAGCUUCAACAACAGAAUGUUGUUGUUGUUGAUAACUCUUCAAACUAUACAAUGUCACAAGUGCAAUAUGUCAAUCAAGAUUACAACAACACAAUGCAAUAUACAAUGUCCAAUGAUAUUAUCAGUGAUACGAGUACCAAUGGUUAUUCAGAGAAUAGCUCACCUGUCGAUACAUCUGGUUGCUCAUCAUCAUCAUCAUCAUCUUCAUCAUCUUCAUCUCCGCCAUCAAUGAACGUUCCAUCAUCACCGUCAUCCACUGUCCAAGCUGGCUACUCAAUGUCAUCACCGUCACAGAUGGUCAUUUCCAAUGAUCAUUCAUUCAAUGUUUCUGCCAAUGACAACAUGUCAAACAACACUCACCAUGUCGUCAACGAAUCAUCUCACACAGACUCUGAUGAGGGUGAUGACAAGAAGAGGAAGCGAGAGUUCAGACCGUUUGACCCGGAGCAUGACUAUGGUCAUCUUCUUCCAGAAGACAUACAAGUAGAGAUCACAUCCAAGCAGUUCCAAAUAUACUGCAAGAAGUUCUACAGUAAUGCAUCCAAGGAUAUCAUAAAGAUCUUGAAGAAACAAGAGAGGAAGAUAAAGAAUAGAGAGUCAGCACAGAAGUCAAGACUAUUAAAGUCUGCAACAUUGACGGGGCUCGAGGCCAAGUUGAAGGAUGAGCACGCAAAGAUUGAAGAGUUGAAACAAAAUCUACUCUAUGAGAAGAUGAAGAACAAACAUUUGGAGACGGAGAUAAAGCGUCUCAAUCCAGGUUAUGAGAUUGUAUAUCCACAGGCUCAACAUCAACCUACUAUGGCUCAAGAGACAAUACUAUCAUUGACUAGGAUGUUCACUAUUGGCGAUGGCGUGCCGAUGGUGGCCAAGGGCCAGCGUCUGGCCUGCCUCUUCCUGAUGGUCGUCGUGGUCAUCUACACCACGCCAACCUUUAUACAAAUGUCAGGCAGUGGCGUCAUAAUGCCAGUGCAGUUGAUUCGCAUGGAGAGAGAGUUGCAAUCACAACAUUCAAUGAACAAUGCACAAGUCAAGAAUAUGAUGUUCGACUCUGAUCCCAAUUGGCAAGGUCAUACCAAUGGAGACAUUACAAUCAGUGUGGGCAAACGACCGGAGCAAGGUGAUAUGGAAUCUAGCAAACAAGGCCAACAACAACAACAACAAAAGAUGCCGCACACUCAUACUGUUAUUGACAACCGGGCACGAUCUUCCGACACACGAACCAAGCUGCGACAUUCAAGCACCUUUUUCACGAGCCAAUCAUCAAUUGACGAUUCAUAUGAAGCUGCACCAGCAGCACAGGAGCAAAAGACCAUCGAGUAUACAUAUACCAAGGAUCACUUCCAUUCAACAAUGCAAUCAGAGACAGAGACGGAGAGGGACUUUGAAGCCAUGGAGAUGUGUGAGGCGCCACAUCAUUCCAACAACUCCUCGGUCAAGAUAUCAAUCAGGUCCAAGGCAAUAGAUAGAUCACCAAUGGAGGCAUUCAAGUAUGGCACCGAUCGCUCACCUGCACCACAUGCGCACGAGUUCAAUGUGGACGUGGAACUGCUGUUCAAUGGAGCCAGUGGCAUUUCCAAGUUGCUCAAGAAAGCAAACAACGGCAAACCCGUAAAGAUCAUUGCCAAUGUGUUGGAUCUCGGACAAUGCUAUGAUCAUGAUCGACUGGCUUAUACACAAGGUGGUGAUCGAGCCUCAUGA